GUUGUAUGCAUUGGAACGAAUGCGUGGCAUACGCAAGUGAAUCAGUGGAAGCGUGUAGUGUCAUAGGGGGCUCAGCAUUUAACUGGUGAAACAACGAGAAGCAAUUUACAUUAUUCCAAUGGAACUGUUAGAAAUAGUAGGAUGGAUCACUCAGAUAACUACAGUAGCUAUGUUUACAACUGGCAUCCCCGUAUGCUGGUCAAUGGUAAAAACAAAGGAUGCUCGUCAUGUACCAUACCCAUUUUUUCUGCUUGGAGAUAUUGGUAACAUAUGUUUCCUUGUGUAUGGAUUGAUGGUGAAUGAUAGCAUCCUGAUAUCAUUGAACUUGAUCGGUGCUGUUCUGAAUACAGUGUACAUUUUUGCAUAUAUAUCUGUAGUAAGCUCCAAGAGUCACCCUAUACAGAUGUUGAUAGGCGGUGUGAUUUACAUAUGCGGACUAUUUUACUUCUUGACGUAUCUGUCACCGCCUGCAGUUUUCGCUCAUAGACUUGGAUUGGCCACGAGUUUGCUCAAUACAGUGAUGCUUAGUACACCUCUGUUCUUAGAGAUACCACAGCAUCUGAAGGAAAAGAGCACAGAGGGUAUGUCGAUGGCCAUGUUAAUAGGGACUAUUGCUUGUGCCUCCUCAUGGACCUCCUACGGACUGUUGGUCAAUGACCCUUUUAUAUAUAUGCCCAAUGUGCCUGCUAUACUAGGAGCAGUUGGAAAGAUAGGAUUGUUGGUGGUGUAUGGGAUGCCUGGAAGUAAGACCAAGGCAGAGUAAUACAGAAGAUAACUGUGAAAGGACACACACAAUAUACUGCUUUAAAUAUUAUAUUUUGCUUUAUUGCUUAUUUCAUUGCAUUUAUACAUAGCUGUUUGGUAUAGACACUGCAUCAAGAAUCAUGUUUUAUGUAUUGUAACAUAUUGCACAUAAUUUUGCUAUCAGAUAUUUUAUCUAUAAGCAAGGAUGUUUUGCUGUCAAUCCAAAACAUCCUGAAAACAAGAUUACAGUUUUACCUUAUUGUUUGAAGAUAAAGAUAUGGGUUGUUUACCCAUGAUUACAAUGUAAGCUUUGUAUAAGGUUUUUAAUGACACUACAAUGUUAGGAAUAUGUUUCAUAAAUACUGUGGAAAAUGUUUUUGACUUUUUAAUGUUGGUAUCUAAUGUUCUGAAAUUGCCAGGCAGUUUUGUUUUAUAUUGAAUAUCUGAAAUCAUCAUUGAUUAGGUUGCUGAAUUAAAACAGUUUAUAAUGUUUCAUGUUGUGCUAUGUAUUCUGAAGACAAACUAUUUAUAGUUAACACUGGAUUUUUUCUUACUUUUGAAAGACUCUUAUUUAUUUAUUAUUUUAUUUAUUAUUAUUUGAAAGAUUUAAAAGUGUGUAAUUUGGCAGUGUUUCUGGAAACUUAUUUAAAAAGAGAAAAGUGCCAUAUACUGAGAAUAUAUAUUUGAAAGUUGAAAAGCACUUGGAGAGUCAAAGCAAUCUUUGAUCAUUUGUUUAGUUCAUCAAUUAGUGAAUUAAUAAUCUCAUUUCUUAUUAUCAUUAAUUAUCAAUUAACUGAUUAAUUAGCUAAAUUUUAAUUCACAGAUUAAUUGGUUGGCUAAUUAAUAAACUUAUUAGUUAACUAGUUAAUGAAAUACAAAAGAAGUCCAUUCAAAACCUAUAUUCUUAAAAUUUUAAAAUCAAGUUUUUUUUUCAAAUGUUUUCAGACAGUAUGCAAUAGUCUGAUCAGAAUUUUUUUCUUUGCUAAUUAAAACUUACACAUUACAUUUCAUAUGAAAUAUUUAUGAAUAGCCUGUUAUAAGCAUUUAACUGCUAAUAAUUAACAUUUAAAAUACUUUGACCAAUGUUGGGGAAUUCUGCCUUCAGCAGCAAUAUUCUUUUGUAAGAUAAUCUUAAUGGACUAGAUCCAUCCCAUGACGACAGUGUUCCAAGGUCAGGAUAAUUUAUCCAGUGCCAAUUUAAAUUUAAUCAAGAAAUUGAAAUCUUCCAUUUGAAAUGUAAGUAUGUGAAUGGCCAAAUAACUUUUUUGCCAAAUUGUUGACACCUUUUAGAGAUCUUGUAUAAAAAUAGGUUUAGCAUACAAUAGGUAUUAGCCAUAUUAGCAAUAUCAGUGAAGCAUGUUCUGGUCACAACUGUUUUAUAUAAAAGCAAAUCCAUGAAUUCUACAACUUAAUAUGUCAAAUUAUUUGCUUCAGAAGCCAAUUUAGUGUAUUUAAAGCAAGUAUAUCACAAGACAAUUUUAAUUUGUAUGUAAUAGCACUUUGUUUAUUUGGUUAUUACUCCACAGGUCUAGUAUUCAGACAAUUUAUAAUUUCUUGCUACUACAAACUUUUAUUAUUAUUAUUAUUAUUAUUAUUAUUAUUAUUAUUAUUAUUAUUACUUGAAUGCAUUUAUCUGUUCAAUACAAAAUGCAUCAGUUUUAUUUUCAAAAUUAUUCAUACUAAUGUUGGA